AUGGAACCAUUCAUUACUACAUUUGGUGCUAUAGACAAACGAGGAGUUAAUGUCAUUACAAUUAAUGAAUUACGUAAUUAUGUUACAGAAAAUCAUUUAGAUAAAGAAAUGAUACCGAUAAUAUUUUCAUCUAAAGGUUUUAAUCUUGAUACCAUUAUAUUUUUUAGUCAAGCUGUAAUCAGCAAACCAUUGUACGGAAUACCUACAACAGGUUUACGACCUGAAAUCUUUGUAAUUAUGCAAGAACUACCAUUACAAGAUCAAAUCAAAAUAUCAGAAGAAGCUUAUAGACUUACUCAACCACAAGAUAAAUUUAUAGAAAAGGAAGCUUCAGAAAAACUUAAAAGAUGGCUUGACACAACAUAUGGUCGUCAUUGGCAUGUGACUAUUGUCAGAGGUUCAUAUUGGACAACUUAUACUCAUAUUCCAAACUGGUCAUUUCAUUUUAAAAUCAAUCAGCAUUCAUUCAUCAUUUAUCGUACUAAUGAAUGA